GUGCAUUAUGUUGUAUGGACGCAUUCGGAGUGGUUGCAACAUGCGUCCCAAAGGCGACUUCGCAGAUACAGUCGCUGUGGAACCAUUGACGUCAUCGUCGCCCGCGUACCUGCAUUAGCCCUCGCCCCUCUCCAAGCCAUCCACGUCUGCCACUAUUGUUCAUCCUCGACGUCUUAUCGACUCACUGCCUGGUAACCAGUCAGAAAAUUCUUCGCCAAUCAGCACCAACAUCAUGGCUGAAAUCGCAGCAGGCGCUUAUGUCGCUGCGGAAGUGGUUGAACACACCGCGGAAGCAGGCUACGCUGCUUACAUCGUCUCCAAGCCAACGCUCCCUCUCAAGGUUACCUUUACACGCAUAGCCACAGCAACAGGUGAUACUUCGGCACGCUCGUUGGCACGCUCCAAUCACACAGUCACAGUGAUCGGUAACAAAGCUUAUGUUUUCGGUGGCGACACUGCGAACAAUGUUCUUGCUAGCAACCAUGUGCAUAUCGUCACUCUUGAGUAUUCUGGGAAACCAGAGAUGGACUAUAGUAUCAUCCCAGCUUUGCCAACAUCUGAGGGUGGGAAUACACCUACAGCAAGAUCGAGUCAUGCAGCCUGCGCAUUUCAUGGGAAUGUAGCCGUAUACGGCGGUAGCGACGAGAAUGGCGGUCUGAUCGAUGAGCAAUCCUCUGUUUGGCUCUUCAGCCCCGAGAGGAAAAGCUGGGAUAUUUUGCAACCAUCAAAGGGAGAUAUCGAAACAGGAGACAUUGGCCCAGGCCCACGUCGCAAUGCCCAGCUUUUUGCGCAUGAUCAGCACCUGAUACUGUUUGGAGGAGUUGAUGGCUCUGGUGACAACGCAUCAGAUCUAUGGCAAUUCGACAUCGCUGCGCGCUACUGGACGCAGCUUCCGACAGCACCAGUCGCAACAUCGAAUGCUGCACUAGCGAACGGUCAACUAUGGCUGAUAUCUGGUUCCGACCCUAUGAGCAGUCAGCUGCAUCACAUCAGCGUCUCCUCGUCGAGUGAAGAGAGAAAGUGGGAGUCUUUCACGUUUCCAACCAACCCACUAGCACCAGGCCCUCGUGCACGGCAUGAUGGAGCGCUACUGCCGGUAACUACUGGCUGGGGUAGAAACUACCUUGUCUAUCUCCUUGGAGCUCGUAACAACUCUUCUGCUGACGUUUCGAACACUGAGCCAGAAGAUCCCAAACAUGCGGAUGAGGUCACUCAGUUCAGCGACACCUGGGUCCUCCAGAUACCUUCAAGUGACUUGGAGGCUAAGCCGUCGAUGACGCUCAAGAACGCUAUCAAUCCAGCAAAAAUCAAAGAUGCUAUCAGGUCUGCCUUGGGUGCUGAUACAGGGCACCUGUCCUGGGCAGAGGCGGUAGUACAGCUACCUUCUGACAAGCAACUGGAGGAAGAAGAUGGCAAGCUGCAUCCUGGUCCGAGAGCAUUUUUCGGUGCGGAUGUUAUGGAGACAGGCAGUGGUCUAAUCUUCUGGGGUGGAGUGGACGCAAAAGGUGAGAGGGUUGGUGAUGGAUGGAUCGCGAGGUUUGAGUGAGCAAUGAGGUAUCUAAGGACAUGUGUUCUGAUGGGGGCUGCAAAAGCGCAUAAUUACAUUCGAGUUGCAUAUGUGCAUCUUCUUGUGCAUCUAUCGAUGAUGUCCAUCAUUGAACCGUCUUUGCCAUAUCCUGGGCU